CUUAAAUUUGAAAAUUUUGUAGACAAUUAAGGAACAGCCAGUUUAAUCUUCAGAAUGACAAACAAAGGCCUUUUUACGCAUUCAUCUUUGUCACUUUAACUCAUAAUCCCGUUAGUCUAGCAGUGCUCGUUAAGAAGAAAACAUAGCAACAACUAUAAUAAAGGAAUUGUAUAGUAAAAUCGCAUCCAACAUAUAACAAAAAUAGCAAUAAUAAAAAGUGAUACUAGGUUAAUAUUCCCGAGUUUUGUGGACGUCGCGAAUAAUAAAGAAAAUAAAGACGCAAUUUUCUGAAAUAUUUCAGUAUAUAAAAAGAUUUUAAACAAAUUAAUAGUGCAAAAUGAAGUUCCAAUAUAAAGAAGAACAUCCAUUCGAAAAGCGUAGAGCAGAAGGUGAUAAAAUUAGAAAGAAGUAUCCAGAUAGAGUGCCUGUGAUUGUCGAAAAGGCACCAAAAGCACGUAUUGGAGAUCUUGACAAGAAAAAAUACUUAGUUCCAUCUGACUUGACUGUCGGUCAAUUCUACUUCCUUAUCCGUAAACGCAUUCAUCUACGUCCAGAAGAUGCAUUAUUCUUUUUCGUUAAUAACGUGAUUCCACCAACCAGCGCAACUAUGGGAAGCCUUUAUCAAGAGCAUCAUGAAGAAGACUUUUUCUUGUACAUUGCUUACUCCGAUGAAAAUGUUUAUGGUAAUUAAAAAUAGCUUGACAGCCAGCAGUAAAGAUUUUUUUGUUUCGUGAGGAUUCAAUAUCCACAUGAAUAUAAAAGAUAUAUAUAUAUUUAAUAUAAUUAACUUAUAUGUGUGAAGAAUCAUUACUAGUAAUUUAAAAACUGAUGAUACCAUAAUCAUUAUUAAUCUAUUAAUGCUAAAGUGCAGUUCCGAUAACUUCUUUAGUGUAAAUAAGAUUUGUUUUUCCCACACAAACUUUUCAUUUUUCUUUGUGAAAACCUUCUUAGAAUUAAUUAUGUUAAUUACGAAAAAAAUUGUGAUUGGAAACGAUUGAUGAGAAUGCAUUUUCACGACAAUUUUGAAUGCCUUUUUCCAGUUCUUAUUUCUCUCAAUAGUAAGCUCUUAAUCGUUUCAAACAAAAAAAAAUUAAAAAAAUUUAACAAGUCUUAAAAAUAAUUCAUAAAAAAAAAGAUUUAAUUUAAUUAAUGAACCUGAAUAAGAAUGAAUCGCAAGAUAAACAUGUUUUUCUUUUUGGUGAGUGGAAUUUCAGUCUCUUGUGACUGCACAUGUAUUUUGUGGUAGUUAAGCAUGAGUAUAAUGUCAAAUGAAUUAUUAUUACUAUUAUUAUAUUUGUUUUAAUGAUGAAUGUAGCAUGUAUAUUUACGAAUAAAGGAGGUUCAAUAUGAGCCAAUAAACUA